UGCUACAUUUCUCUCAAUGGAUGAUCACCAAUCUCUGUUCACUGGCAAAGUAAGUGCCAUACUAAUAGCCAUGGGCACUGCUAGCUUUGUGCUCACAAUCUACCAUCUCAUAAUCCUUUGCCGCAACCAACACCCUCACGCCACAAACCACAACUCCUCCCAACAAGAAAGGUCCAUAACUGCGCCAUCACCGUCAGCGCCGUCGCGGAGCAGGGAACAGAGUGCAUCUCUGUCGCACCUGAUUCCAGCCCACAAGUACGUAAAGAAGAAGAAAAAUGACGAUGACGUGGCAGAUGGUGACGGUGAUGAGGACGACGCGUGUGCAGUGUGUUUGGGAGACUUUGAGGAGGGUGAAGAGUUGAGGACUUUGCCCGAGUGUAUGCACUCUUUCCACGUGCCAUGCAUCGACACGUGGCUCCAUUCCCAUUCCAGUUGUCCCGUUUGUCGCCUCGAUGCCACGCCUUCGCCGGCGGUGAUCCACCGUUCGCCGGAGCUUGGUUCCGGUGAGUCCGAUGCACAUCACAGUAUAGAUAUGGUGCAUAUUGCCCUCGUCCAGAAUGGGCGGGUGAGACGGUGA